GGUCAGCUAGCGGCAGCUGUGCAGCGGGGUCGGGAGCCAGGCGGUGAGCGACCAGGAGACCCGAGCUAGGGGCGGGGCCACGCGGAGCCUCGGGGCGGGGCCGUGAGGGGCGGGCUUGGGGAGAGGGCUAUGCGCAUGCGCCCUGGUGUUGCCGCUGUCGCCGCGGUGAGGGAAGUGGACGCGAUGGCCGGGUCCGCGUGGGUGUCCAAGGUCUCUCGGCUGCUGGGUGCAUUCCACAACACAAAACAGGUGACAAGAGGUUUUGCUGGUGGUGUUCAGACAGUAACUUUAAUUCCUGGAGAUGGAAUUGGCCCAGAAAUUUCAGCCUCAGUCAUGAAGAUUUUUGAUGCUGCCAAAGCACCUAUUCAGUGGGAGGAGCGCAAUGUCACAGCGAUUCAAGGACCAGGAGGAAAGUGGAUGAUCCCUCCAGAAGCCAAGGAGUCCAUGGAUAAGAACAAGAUGGGCUUGAAAGGCCCACUAAAGACCCCAAUAGCCGCUGGCCAUCCAUCCAUGAAUCUGUUGCUUCGUAAGACAUUUGACCUUUAUGCCAAUGUCCGGCCAUGUGUCUCAAUUGAAGGUUAUAAAACCCCUUACACGGAUGUAAAUAUCGUCACCAUCCGAGAGAACACGGAAGGAGAAUACAGUGGAAUUGAGCAUGUGAUCGUUGAUGGGGUUGUGCAGAGCAUCAAGCUCAUCACCGAAGAAGCAAGCAAGCGCAUUGCAGAGUUUGCCUUCGAGUACGCUCGGAACAACCACCGGAGCAACGUCACAGCUGUGCACAAAGCUAACAUCAUGAGGAUGUCAGAUGGGCUCUUUCUGCAAAAAUGCAGGGAAGUUGCGGAGAACUGUAAAGACAUUAAAUUUAAUGAGAUGUACCUUGAUACUGUAUGUUUAAAUAUGGUACAAGACCCAUCCCAGUUCGAUGUUCUCGUCAUGCCAAAUUUAUAUGGAGACAUCCUUAGUGAUCUGUGUGCAGGACUGAUUGGAGGUCUUGGCGUGACUCCAAGUGGCAAUAUUGGAGCCAACGGUGUUGCCAUCUUUGAAUCGGUUCAUGGAACAGCCCCGGACAUUGCAGGCAAGGACAUGGCCAACCCCACGGCCCUCCUGCUUAGCGCUGUGAUGAUGCUUCGCCACAUGGGACUUUUUGACCAUGCAGCAAAAAUCGAGGCUGCAUGUUUUGCUACAAUUAAGGAUGGAAAGAGCUUAACAAAAGAUCUGGGAGGCAACGCGAAGUGCUCUGACUUCACAGAAGAAAUCUGUCGUAGAGUAAAAGACUUAGAUUAGCACUCGCGGUGGUGGAUUUGCUGCAGUCAGUCAAUCACUCCAAAAGGAUACCCUGUAAUCCUCCUUGAGGGCGCCCACCAUUGGUUUGCUUGCUUCUUGACAGAGUACGUUUUUGAAUCUGGCCUUUUCUUAACCAAACCCUUGCAAUGGAUGCACAUGAUGGCCCCAGGCCUUCAUUCAAAGGGUUUUCCCAAGUGCUGGUUGUAUUUAUUGUCCGUCUGUAAACCUUAUUUUGUAAACUGUAAGUGAACUGUAUCAUUUAUCAUUGUUAACCCAUUUUACACUUCAGGCAAAAUCAUUUUUCCUCAACUGUAAAUAUUCUGAUACAGAAUUAAUAAGAGAAGAUAUUUAACUUUUUAACAAAAGCCCUGGAUUUUUGGUUUAUGAAAAACAAACUGGGAAUAAAACAGGGUUUUAACAAUCGCACAAGAUAACAUUAUUCUAAUACUAGUGGGUACAAAAGAAAUUUACUGGGAAAGUUCACAGCAAAAAAUGGUAUAUUUCUUAAAAAUAUGGAAAUAAAGAUAUUUGUCCUAUACAUGAAUUACUAUUAAUAAAAAUGUAAGCUCCAAGAAAUCCAUAAUGAAUGAUGUAAUUUUGUUACUACAUCGGUAAUCCUUGUCAAAGCCCCUGAUGCUCUCUGUGUAUUUGAUUCUUUUGUUACCUUGAGAUUCACUAUUUUGGGGGAAGAGCUCUCAGAUAAGGGAGAUCACUCCUCCUCACUAGACAGAUCCUCAGCAUUUCGAGCUGUCAGCCAUGGGAGCCAGCCACUGCAGAUCCCCUCCCACGUGGCCACAUUCCAGCCAGUGCUGCAGGUGACCCUGGAAAGGCCUGGCUGCCCCUUGACUUUCCCUAAAGCAACCAGUCACUGCCUUCUGCUCCAGUAGCACCCAUUACAGACUUAAUUGCAGAGGUGGAACUGACUCAGCCCAAGCUCAUACAAAUCAGGCCAAGCUGGGGCCUGUGUUACCAGCUGCUGACCAUCAGGUUCUGCCCCUCAUCUCUUCCCACAGCCUCUGCUCCACAGCAUGAAGCUAGCCUUUGGCCCACACCAAAGCCAAGCCGUCUUCCCUUAGCCCUUGCACUAGUUUGCAAACUCGUGGCUUUGCAUAAUGUACCCUGGUCACAAGGGAUUUCUUAACAGAUGUCCCUGUCUGGGUCAUUUUUUUAAAGCUUUUAUUUGGACUUAAAAUCUUCUGUGUAUUUUACUUUAAAACUGCUGCUUUCCCUGUCUUACUGGAUUGUUCUGGUUAGCAGUGGCUUUGGGUUCACAGUAAUAAAGAACUUAAGAACUGA